AUGUUGGGUCUAGGCACAAUUUUUUAUACCUCACUCCUUCUCAUCAAUGGUAUUGCCAUUUUGAACGAAGAACGUUUCCUAAGCAAAGUCGGAUGGUCGACGAGCUCGCGUGGCAUGAACGGCUUUGAUACGCCGGGACAAGAAGCCAGUGUCAAGCAGCGCAUGAUUCAUUUGAUUGGCGCCGUGCGCGUUCUCCUACGAAAUCGGGCGCUGAAGAACAACACAUGCAAGUCGUGCGUGACCGCCAAGACAGGCCGCUUGCUUUGUGCCAUGAACUACAGUGAUACCCCUCCGGCGGUGGCGAUGCUGCCGGACCCCACCGUGGCAGUGGGAUCAACAUCGCACAAGAAGCUCAUGAAAGAGCAACGGCGUCGGCGUCGGCGUAUGCAGCUGGCUGCAGCGCUGAUUGAGGCGGACAACGAUGACAUUCAGCGUCGUAUUGAUAUCCUAAAUGAAUACGACCCCUCAUCGCAGGACAUUCUAGAGCAUCUUAGGCAGCGAUCUAAGCAUGCAAGUGAGAGUGUCAUGUUUCGUGAUGCAGGAGCGAUAGAUGUAUCCAAUGCACGGCCAGUCUAUACGUAUCCGCUCAUGACCAUGCGAGAAGUGACGCAGGGCUACUUUGGAAUGAGUGCACAGUGGGCGUCCGAGGGGCUCGAAGAAGAGACAGGCUCCGUCAUUGAGCAUGAUGUGGACGAGGAGCCGGCACUCCCUGCGUUUGAUCACGACGAUUUCGGAUCGCCUGUGAUGGACGUCCUUCAACGUGCUGACUCGAUUCAAGCCCGUGCUGCGCAAGAGGCCGAGACACCGAUACCACCGCGGCCGCUACAUCGCUCUGCGUCGAUGCCUAUGCUCACAGAAAAGAAAGAGGACGUCGAGUUGGACGAGAAUGCGACGCGUGGUGAUCUCUUACUGCAUCGUAUUCAGGCAAUGCGGCAGCAAGCCACACCAAAACCCGAUGAGAGCACAUCGUCGGGUGAUGUCUCACUGUCACGCAGCUCGGUCAAUGUAAGUGAUACAAGCCACUCGAGUGCUGCCAUCGAGACGCCUGAAAUGGAUGGUGUCAUGUUCCCCGUCGAGCGUGAGCUCCAGGGGAAAGAACCGCCUGUCGAGACGAGUAUGGAGAUGGCCCUGGGUAUUCAUGUGGAUGGCGCGACAUCGGAUUUGAAGGCGUUCCGUGAGCGUGUAUUGAACAAGGAGUCGGGCCGUCAACCUAGUGGACGUCGGCAUUCGUUGUCCGUCUCAGGCUGGCCGGGUGAAAUGCACCCUGUCGCAGAGGAAAUGGGCCUGCUCUAUGGCCAAGAAGAUGACGACGAAGAGGCAGUCGAAGAGGCGGCACAUCCACGUAUGCUCACCAAGCAGCUGCAGGCGCUGGGCCGUGCGGACUCGUACUCGACCAAGCGGAGCACGAUGGGCGAACUGACGCCGUACUUGGAACGUCAUCAGUCAGUGCACAGCCACGAUUUAUCUUCGUCGACGUGGAAACGCGACAAAAAGUCCUUUUGGCGUCGUUUUGGCAAGCGCGGGACGAUGCCAGCAGUGCGUGUCACCUCUGGCGCCUCGGACGUUGUACGUACGGCCCCGCCGAAUUUGCAAGAGCUGUCACCGCUCAUGGAUAUGGACGAGAGUAUGCUACAGACGUUGCCGUUGGUGACUGUGCCAGGGGAGGACGAGAUGACCGGUGUAAACUUGCUAUCGCCCAAUCCCAACGUGCAGCCAGGCCAGGCGGCGAGCGAGCACGGCGACAUGUCGAAGCCCAAUCGUGGACUUCGUCUCUUCCCAUGGCGUCGUCGAGCUAGUGCGCCGCCAGCCGCCACACUGUACGAGUCGAAUCAGCUUCGUUCGACACGACCGAAGGAUUGGGUGCCUACCUACAUUUGUAUUCCGGCGCCUCUGUCAUCGCUUCCCGUCGUAUCGCACGACACGCAGUCGUACUUUGUGCCACGCGGUGCGUUUGCGGUAGAGCAUGGCGUGAUUCUGCCGGCCAACAAUACAGUGUACGAUGGCUAUGCACCCACCGAAAUCCCGGCGCAUAUGGGCCGACGUGCUUUGUACCCCUCCACGGCGCUCUUCCGCAACGUGCUGGCCACGCGCGAGGAGGAGCAUGAAGGUUGGGGGUGGGAUGUGUAUACGGAUACGCCGCAGUACUUUGCUGAUCUGGCGGCGGACGACGAUGAUUCGGACGAUGAGGUGCCAUUGAUGGAUGUGCGUAUUCUUGCGCGUGAAGAGGCACUUGCAGAGAAGCGGCGACGUCGUGAGCACCGCCGUCGCCGUCGUGCCAACCAGUCUGAGCGUGCAUCGCACGACAGUGAUGAUGAUGCGGCUGAUAUUUCGUCCUACGACUCGGAUGGCAGUACGACGUCCAGUGGCACGGAACGGCCAUGGCGUGAUGAUCGACGGCCUGUCGGUCGUCUUUACGGUCAAAAUCUCAUGGAUAUGGCGGCCAAGGAGCAGCAUCGCAAGCGCGCCGAGUACCGUUUCUAUGGCCAAGCACCAUUGCAUGGCGAUGAUGGUAGUGAGCCACAUGCGUUCACAAACGAUACGCGCGAGCGUAUGCGCCGCCUGUUUGGCGAGCAGACGCAGUAUCAGGACGAAUGGGAGCGGCGUCUGGUCGAAGAUGGGGCCUUGCUGCCGAGACGCUCAUCGACACGUGCGACCAAGCGCGAGGAGCUGGUCACGAUGCUCGAGCCAGGCUUGGAGCAUGCUAUUGUAUACCCUGCGCCGGAAGAUGUAGCGGCGAUACAAGAGACGGUGGAAAAGAACCAGGAGGAGAGCCGGAUUGAAGCGUGGCUCGACUCGUCGGACGACGAAGAGCCUGCAGAGAGGCCAGGGGAAGGGAUCCUGGCGCCCAAAGUAGGCGGACAUCGCGCGGGGCCCUUUGGCCCAGCCGUCCCACGAUGGCUCGCCAAGGAUGAAGACGAUGUUCCACUCUCGACCUUGCAACGCCGCUCGGCCGUCCCGAGUGAUGAAGACGAUGCCGUGCCGCUCGGUGCUCGUCAUCCGCAGGCAGAGAUCAUUGCCGAGAAGGAUGCAUUGAUUCGGCAACUGCUGGAAGAAAAUCGUCAAGUCAAACGCUGGCUGCAUUCGCGCUCGUCCAUGCUCCCAGCGCCUGUCCCUCCGCCGUACGGCAAUCCAUGGGCGAGCACGGCGUCGAUUGAGGCCAUGCCCAGCGUGCCUUACGACGAAGUGCGUGGCUUGUUUGAUAUGCCAGGGUCCCUAGUCGCAUCGCGAGACUUUGAUCACCCUGUGCCGGUGGCCAUGUCCGCUGAUGAAAUGCACCAUAGCGGUGCUAUGGAAUGGAAUGCGGCAAUGGACCCAGCGGCUCGAAAACGUUUUACCAUGUAA